AGCGCCUGCUCUCCUCCUUCUCCGCUUCAUUCCCUCGCGCGUGUUUUAGGGCUCGGGAACUUCGCUGGCUCUGCUGGAGGAGACGCCGUGGAGCCGCCAGCACUUCAACAGCGCCGCUGCUCCUUAAGCGAUCCGAGGGCGCCCCCCCACCCCGGUGUCUCCGCUCCUCUUCGUGGAUCUGCCCCGCGGGUCUGAGAGCCUUUUCCGCCUCCUUCACCUUCGUGUUUGGAUGCUGUGAGCCUGAGAAAGCCCAGGCUCGCGCGGAGGGACCGCUGCUGCUCGCGCUGGCGGUGGUGCUGCUGGCUGGGGCUGUUUUUUUUCAUUUUGGGGGCUUUUGUUUCUCUCGCGCUUGGGCGAGAAUGCGCGACCCGGGCUCGAGGAUAACCGUAUGGAUGUAGGACGCCGCGCGGGGAUGUUUCGCCGAUCUUUAAUCGAGCGCACGUGCGAGCCCGAAGUGUUUUUUGUGCGCGCGCGCGCGAGGCAGAGGCACGAAUGUGAAUGCUCGGCGGGGUCCAGCGCGAGCUCCUAGCUUGUUACUUUUGUGGCGCAUGCGGCCGGGGCGGCUCGCGGCGCGUCUGCGGUUGUGCGGAGUUUUUUUUUGUGUAGAGUUUGUGUAGAAUUUGGUCUUUUGUGCAUAAAAACUAAAGUCUGGCGCAUGCGACAGACAGUCUUUGCUGCUCCCGCUUCCUCCACCGUCUCCUCUCGGCCUGUCUGCCGUCCCGGGACCUUCAUGCACUGGGCACGGCGCCAUGCUCGCUGUGUAGCCGGGCAGCCCUCCCUCAGUGCCGCAUGUUCAGGAGCAGACGCUCGGGGCUUGUGCGGCGACUUUGGAGGAGCCGUGCGCCCGUCGAGGGAGACGGAGAGGCGGGUAGCAGCAGCGGAGGAGGAGGAGGUAGCGGCGGUGGCGUCUUGGGGGGAUCCGGGGGAACCAGCGGCUGCUGCAUGGGUAAACCGGCCGGUGGAAAUAAGGCCAGCCCGGGCUCUGAGGCCGAACUGAAGGCGCUGACCCACUCGGUGCUGAAGAGGAUCAAGGAGAAGCAGCUGGAGGGGCUCCUGCAGGCGGUGGAGUCCCGGGGAGGGGCGCGGAGCCCCUGCCUGCUGCUGCCCAGCAAAGUGGACGCCAAACUCGGACAGCAGUCCUACUCCCUCCCGCUGCUCCUCUCCAAGGUUUUCCGCUGGCCGGACCUCCGGCACGGCGCCGAGCUCAAGCGGCUGCCAGGCUGCGAGUCCUACGGCAAGGUGAACCCGGAGCUGGUCUGCUGCAACCCGCACCACAUGAGCAGACUGUGCGAGCUAGAGUCCCCCCCUCCCCCGUACUCACGCUACCCAGUGGAUUUUCUAAAACCACCCGAUUCUCCAGACACUAUACCUACUUCCACUGAAACUGGGGGAACGAUACAUUCAGCCCCUGUGGGGUUCUCAGAUUCCCAAGCUCUUCUGGAGUCUGGCGAGCGAGGGCACUGGUGUGUGGUGGCGUACUGGGAGGAGAAGACACGCGUGGGCCGCCUCUACUCAGUCCAGGAGUCUUCGCUGGACAUCUUCUACGAUCUACCUCAGGGCACGGGCUUCUGCCUGGGCCAGCUGGCCUCGGACAGCCGCAGCCAGCUGGUUCAGAUGGUCCGGGCCAAGAUUGGCUACGGCAUCCAGCUGAGCCGCGAGGCGGAUGGCGUGUGGGUGUACAACCGCAGCUGCUACCCCAUCUUCAUCAAGUCGGCCACACUGGACAACCCCGCGUCGCGCACACUGCUGGUGCACAAGGUGUUUCCUGGCUUCUCCAUAAAGGCCUUCGACUACGAGAAGGCCAACAGCCUGCAGAGGCCCAACGACCACGAGUUCAGCCAGCAGCCGCGGACCGGUUUCACGGUCCAGAUCAGCUUCGUGAAGGGCUGGGGCCAGUGCUACACCAGACAGUUCAUCAGCAGUUGCCCGUGCUGGCUCGAGGUUAUAUUCAAUAACCGAUAGCAAUGAGCCUCCGCCCCCUCUCCUCCCCCCUUCGCCAUGGACACACGGACUGACCCCUGACCUCCUCUGGACCUGUGACAGAGCGGGAAAAAAAGUUCUCCAGAAGAUGUUUUAAGAGACAGAAAAAAACUCACGACUUGUUUAUUAAAUGACUAAAAUUUAAUUAAGUGAAAUAAAAAGUUAAAUAUGUAUUUUAUGUUAUAUAAAUAUAUUAUUACUUGUAAAUAUGAAGACGUUUUAUAUGCAUCGUUAUUUAUGUAUUGUGCAAUGUGUUGAGAAACGGAAAAAGAUGCACUUUGCUUAAUAUAAUUGCAAACAGAGAAAUGCCAAAAUUAAAAAAAAAAAAUCUAACUAA